AUGAAACAGUUAUUGAGUCCAUUGACCACAUGUUUGGCCUCAAUAUUGAAUGGGAAGCGACCUCUUCAGAGGCGCUUAAGAGGACACGAAGUGACGGGAAGUGAUGACACUUGCAAUGAAUCAGUUAGUCAUGAGAGUAUGGAUUUGGCUCUCAAAAGCGUAAAUGAGAUAUUUUGUGAUAAAAAGUCACGAAAACUAUUAUUAGAAGAAUUUGUUUUCAAUUCAAGUGAUAAGAAUUACGCGAAGAACAGAACCGCAAAGAUAUUCGUGAAUAAGAUUCUUGCGGUUAAACGAGAACCGCUUCCGUGGAUCACUUCAUACGCUUCGCACUACACUUUCGAUGAAAACAAAUACCAGACCAGACAUACACAGUAUAAGCUGUUCUCCCGAUGUAUCUCAUCGUACACUCAUCACAACUACAGUCAGAUCCGUACGUUUAAGAGUAAACCUACGACUGGUAUCGGAAGCGGUACCAGAAGUCGUAAUACGGAGAAGACAUCACAGGAACAGACAUCGGUUGGGAACAUGAAGUUGGGCUCCAUUUUCGGACUAAGCAAAGAGAAACACAAAGAGACAGAGAGCGACAAAAUGAGGGAAAUUCUGAACGAUGGAAAUCUCAGCGUUGAGGAUAAAAACAGCCUUAAGAUUGCUUUCGCUGAGGGAUAUUUGGCAGCCGAACCCAGACCUAAGAUGUCAUCCAAACUCCGAUUUUUCAACAUUUUCCGUGACUUAAUGGGAAUUGCGUUAAUCAUAGCGAUUCUGUUCUCCUUUAUGGACAUUGUUGGCCCGAGCGGUGGCCGGAGAGGCUGGCGUUCCUUUCUCAGAGAUCCCGAAAGGUUUUCAGUUUUGGGCGGAAAACUGCCAAAAGGAGUACUACUGGUCGGUCCGCCCGGCACUGGAAAGACAUUGUUGGCCCGAGCGGUGGCCGGAGAGGCUGGCGUUCCUUUCUUUCACGCGGCGGGACCUGAAUUCGAUGAGAUCCUCGUCGGACAGGGAGCGCGUCGUGUCCGCGAUUUGUUCAGUACCGCCAAAUUGAAAGCCCCGUGUGUUGUGUUCAUCGAUGAGAUCGACUCAGUCGGUGCCAAACGGAGCACUUCAGUACUCCAUCCGUACGCCAAUCAGACAAUCAAUCAAUUGCUGACCGAAAUGGACGGAUUCCGACAGAACGAAGGGGUUAUCGUUUUGGGCGCCACUAAUAGACGCGACGAUUUAGAUCGCGCUCUUCUAAGGCCCGGGCGUUUCGACGUCGAAGUUCAGGUACCGGUGCCUGACUUUAAAGGCAGAAAAGAGAUCAUUGAUCUCUACCUCUCGAAAGUGAAGUAUUCAAGUGAUGUGAAGGUGGAAAUGCUCGCUCGCGGAACCACUGGCUUCACUGGCGCUGACUUAGAAAAUCUGGUGAAUCAGGCGGCGCUCAGGGCUGCCAUCGAC